AUGGAGGAGGCCAUAUAUGCAUGCAUUGAGGAGGGCAGUGUGUUGUCCAUCAUCGGUGUCAGCAUUGGAGUUGGAGUUGGCACCACGCUUGUGCAUGACGGCGUGGUCAAUGACGAUGGGGAGAGUGAUGGUGAGGCAGGUGAGGUGGAGGGCGAGGCAGGAGCGGUGGUGGAGGUCAAAGUAGGAGAGUGCGUGGAGGGUGCACUGGACCUCGAGGAGGUGCAUGAGCUCAUUGUGGAGCACGAGGAGACAUGUGCGGCAGGCUGCAUGGGAAUGAAAUUCAGUGAAUGGGAAGGAGGGGGGGGAAAGCAGGGGGGGCUGACUGAGCACACGUUCGCAGAUGGAUUGGAGGGUGAGGAGGACAGAGUUGAUGCCAUCUUUAUUGAGGUGCAACGAUGGGUUCAUGUCGUUCACUGUGCCUACGCAUAUACAUACCCACCAUCAGCACGCACACUCCGAUUCAUACCAUCACAAUGGAGCAGCUCACUGAGCAAUGUGCGCAUGACAUCGAGGUCACCCUCGAGGAGCUCAUUGAAGACGCUGAUGAUGACGCCAUGGAAGGUGUCCUCAGUCAGGGGGCGAGGUGGAGGAGGAGGCGUGGUCAUAGGUGCAUUUGGAGGCAGGUUGGGAGAGGACGUCAUAGGUGAUGGAGACUUUUUAGAAGGCACGGGUGGUGAAGGGGUCAUUGUGGAAUUUGCUGGGGUGGAGAUGAGCGCGGAUUGCAAUGAAGCACUCGCAGAGCACUAUGUAUACGCUACUCACAAGCCAUUGAAGUGCACUUCUGCCACAUCCGCUCAGGCUAUUUUUCUACAACAAUUCACCGCUAUAGAGUGA